AUGAGACCCCCGCUGCGGGCUGCCUGCGGCCGGCCGCUGCCCCUGGCAGGCAGGCUGUGCGCUCGCCGGCUCGCUGCGGCCGCCCCGCGCUGCGGGCUGCGCUCCUCGCUGCUCCGGGCCGCCUCCGGCCCCGUCCCCGCUGCCUGCCCGGGGCGCACGGCCCCCCGCCGCCGGGGCUCGCAGUUCAACGUGCCCCCCAGCGCCCUCUCCGUGGCGCGGCCUGCGGGGGUCUGCUCCAUGCUGAAGCUGCCGGUGGAGGGCUCGGCGGAGGGGCUGGACGCAGCUUUCAUCGGCGUCCCUCUGGACACCGGCACCUCCAACCGGCCCGGAGCCAGGUUCGGCCCCCGGCAGCUGCGGGCGGAGUCGGCGAUGCUGCGGAGGUUCAACGGCAGCACCGCGGCGGCGCCUUUCGACUCCCUGCGGGUCGCUGACAUCGGGGACGUGAACGUCAACCUCUACAACCUGCCUGACAGCUGCCGCCUCAUCCGGGAGGCCUUCCAGAAGAUCCUGGCCUCUGGCUGUGUGCCCCUCGCCUUGGGUGGAGAUCACACCAUCACCUACCCCAUCUUGCAGGCUGUGGCAGAAAAGCACGGGCCGGUGGGGCUGGUGCAUGUGGAUGCCCACACCGACACCGGAGACAGAGCCCUGGGGGAGGAGAUCUACCACGGGAGCCCGUUCCGGCGCUGCGUGGAGGAAGGGCUGCUGGACCGCGGCCGGGUGGUGCAGAUCGGCAUCCGCGGCUCCUCCUACGAGCCCGACCCCUGCCGCUACAGCCGGCAGCAGGGCUUCCGGGUGGUGCCAGCUGAGGAGUGCUGGGGGAAGUCCCUGGUGCCGCUGAUGGUGGAGGUGAGGAGGCAGCUGGGGGCCCAGCCAGUGUACCUCAGCUUCGACAUCGAUGGGCUGGACCCUGCCUACGCCCCGGGCACCGGCACCCCCGAGAUCGCCGGCCUGACCCCCGGGCAGGCUCUGGAGAUCAUUCGUGGCUGCAGAGGGCUGAACAUCGUCGGCUGUGACCUCGUGGAAGUCUCUCCCAUGUACGACCUCUCCGGCAACACAGCCCUGCUGGGGGCCAACCUGCUGUUCGAGAUGCUCUGCGUGCUCCCCGGCGUGAGGCCGCUGUGA